GGUGACGUGGUUGUUUACCUUGGCUGGCGCUUCAUUUCUUCUUCUUGUUCACCCCAGCCACAGCUAAAGCAAAUUUAAAAAUUAAAAAAUAAAUUAAAAAAUAAAAAAAUCCUCUCAACUUUUGUUCAGUUUUUGAGUAAAGAUUAAUGCAGUCUUUUUGACUAUUUUGUUGAAUUAUCCUUUCGCAGAGUGAAAGAUUUUCGGAUAUUUCAUAUUUUCAAGUUUGAGAGAUAGUCAAACAAAGUUCUCAAAGUUAAGUUUCAGCUUUGGUGGUUGACCAUGGGUAGCAGCGAUGAAGGAAAGUCAUCUAAAUCUGACAAAUCGUCUUCACCGGCACCACCGGACCAGACCAAUAUUCAUGUCUAUCCCGAUUGGGCAGCCAUGCAGGCAUAUUACAGUCCUCGUGUUCCUAUGCCACCAUAUUAUAACUCAGCUGUAGCAUCUGGCCAUGCUCCUCCCCCCUAUAUGUGGGGGCCAACACAGGCUAUCAUGCCACCUUAUGGGACACCUUAUGCAGCAAUAUACCCGCAUGGGGGAGUUUAUGUGCAUCCUACGGUUCCUAUGGGAUCACAUGGUCAUGGUGUUCCAUCAUCACCUAAAGCAGCUCCAGAAACACCUACAAAGUCCUCUGGGAAUACAAACGGAGGUUUAAUGAAGAAGCUGAAAGGAUUUGAUGGCCUUGCAAUGUCAAUAGGCAAUAGUACUGCAGAGAAUGCUGAAAGUGGGGCUGAACCCAGACCAUCUCAGAGUGCGGAGACUGAAGGUUCCAUUGAUGAUAGUGAUGGGAAUACAACUGGGGCAGAUCAAACAAGACGGAAAAGAGUCAGGGAGGGAACCCCACCCAUUGCAGGUGUAGAAGGGAAUAAUGAGGCAAGGUCUAAACCAGUCGCUGCACGAGAGGCUACUGCAACCAUUUCUCCUAAAGUAGUUGGAUCCGUACUUCCUCCUGGCAUGACCACAUCCUUGGAGCUUAGUAACCCUCCUGCCAAGUCCAGUCCUACAAAUGUACCUCGUGUAAUGCCAUCUGAAAUCUGGUUGCAGAAGGAACGGGAGCUGAAACGGGAGAGGAGGAAACAGUCUAAUAGAGAAUCUGCUCGAAGAUCAAGGUUGAGGAAGCAGGCCGAGACCGAAGAGCUUGCCCGAAAAGUCGAAUCCUUGACUGCAGAAAACACAACACUUAGAUCAGAAAUAAAUCAACUAACCGAAAAAUCCGAGAAACUAAGGCUAGAAAAUGCUACAUUAGUGGAGGGAUUGAAAAACGGUGAACUAGGAUAUGCAAAGGAUAUAAUUAUGAACAAGAAAGCAGACAAAGAGGGUGAAAUGUACGAGAAAAAGUCGAACUCCGGUGCCAAACUGCAUCAACUCUUUGAUCCGAGUCCAAGAGCUGAUGCUGUGGCUGCUUCAUGAACAAGGAGAAGAGGAAUGGUAAAUUAAGAUGACAUAUUAUAUAUAAUUAGAUUACCAAAAAAAAAAAACGUUAGGUUAGCGUUAUCACUUGUACAGUCAGUUAUCAUUCAUUAAUUCAUUUUGCAAUGGGACUGGUUAAAUUUUUUUCUCUGUUGCAGUUUCGUGAUUAUUAUUAAUUGCACAUUAAAUUAUAAAUUUGAUAUUUGUCCUUAAAGUGAAAUGUACCAAUUAAUUCCUUUGGAAAGAAUUUCUUUAUACAUUAUGUAUACAGUUUUUAAAUUCGUAUGAGAUUUUUUCUUAAUAUGUAGAUAAAUUUAUCAUAUUAUUGAUGUUGAUUAGAUGAAUGGAUAAUAUGGGAAAGAGUGAACGACAAAGGAAAGCGUGGAUCAUAUUUCAUUUUAAAAAGGUUCAAAUCUGGUUUUAGUCCUUUUAACUGUAUUGAAACUUAUGAUUCAAUCCCUUUACUUCAAUUUGACAUAAUAAGAUUCUUCUAAGUUCUACGAA